UGUGCCUGGAAAUUCCUACUCAAUCAUGCCAGAGGGAAAUCAUAGCAUUGUGACUGAAUUCGUCCUUACUGGAUUCCCUGGACUCCAUCCAGAGUAUCAAGGCAUUGCCUCUGUUGUAUUGUUCAUCGUUUAUUUCUUAACUUUGACAGGCAACUCUAUGAUUAUUAUUUUAUUUGCAAUUGACCACAGCCUUCAUAAGCCUAUUUAUUAUAUAAUUCUAAAUCUGUGUGCAUGUGACCUUUUCUUUAGCACAACCACUUUACCUAAAAUCAUCAGUAAAUAUUGGUUUCAAUCAGGGACUAUUUCAUUCACUGCUUGCUUUGUCCAAAUGUACUUUGUUCACUAUCUUGGCACAGUGAAUUCCUAUAUUCUCUUCCUAAUGGCUUUAGAUAGGUAUUUGGCUAUCUGUCAUCCUCUCAGAUAUCCACUUCUUCUUAAAAACUCCACAAUCUACAUUCUCAGUAUUGCUGCGUGGAUUGUUGCCCAGGCAGGUCCUUUAAUGUUAGUUAUUAGAGCGUACCCUCUUCCUUACUGUGCCUCAAACAUAAUCAACCACUGCUACUGUGAUCAUAUUGGUAUAACCAUGCUGGCAUGCACUGACAGGGCACCUUAUGGUUUUCCUGCUUUUGUGUUAGCGAUGGUUACACUGCUGGGACCUCUGGCGUUUAUAGUUUUCUCAUAUUGCUCUAUAAUUAUAUCAGUACUGAAGAUAGCAAAUGUACAAGGUCGACUCAAAUUGCUGUCCACUUGUAGUACUCAACUGAUUAUAAUCGCACUCUAUUAUUUACCCAGAUGUUUUGUAUAUUUAGCCAGCAAUGUUGGUAUUACAUUUAGUGCUGAUGCGCGAAUAGUAAUUAUUAUGCUGUAUAGCCUUUGCCCUCCCAUGAUCAAUCCACUUAUAUACUGCUUAAGAGCUAAAGACAUGAGAGAAAGCUUGUGGAAGCAAUUCAGCAGAAGACCCAUUCCACAAAAAGCACAAGUUUCAGCUAUUAGUAACUGAUAAACUAAUUCAUUAUUCAGUGUUUUUGCUUUCUUCUUAUUGGCCAUCUCGCUUUGUGAGGACUGGAAAGAAUAAAAGUAUUGAUUAUGGAUAAACUGAAAGCCAAAGCUAUCACCAAAGUUAAACAUUU